AUGCUCCGCACGAUACAGAUCGUCGAGGCGAAAGAAGCAACGAGACUAGACGCAGCUGAACGAGUGGCCGGACCUCCAGCCCCUCCUCCUCCAGCUCCACCCCUAGUGCCACCCCCACCACCUCCACCACCCCCACUACUCCCUCCACCCCCGCCUCCUCCCCUGCCGCCUCCACCUCCUCCUCCCCCACCACCUCCACCGCCACCACCGCUGCCCUCGCCACCCCCACCACCCCCGCCCCCCCCACCCUUGCCACCCUUGCCCUUGCCACUGCGGCGCUUCCCGCUAGGAGCAGAAGCAGCACCGACCUCCUCAGCACCGAAGAGGUCAACAGCAGCAGCAGAGGCAACAGAUGACGCGAGCAGGGAGGGGGAGCACCCCUCAAAGACAGAGGGGGCACAGCGCAGCAGCAGCAGCUCAUGCGCAGCAGCAGCAGCAGCAGCAGCAGCAGCAGCAGCAGCAGCAGCAGCAGCAGCAGCAGCGCAGUGCGAGCGGUAG